AUGCUUUUCACAAGGAACGGGCGAAAAAUCAGCGCGAUGUCGCACCCAACGGUUGUGCUGCCGAUGAUUACCAAGUCUCCAUCAGCUGAAAGCCCUACCUCCAAGUCGCUGUCUGUCACAUCCCUUCCUCGAUGUACUUCAGAGAUAGGAUUCAGCAAGGGGAUGUCCAGGACGGGUGGAAGUCGCUCCCCAGGAGCCGAGCGAGAGCGCUUCCUCUCAAACACUGACCCCGAGUUGCGAUCCAAGUCGGAGGGCGUGUACGGAGAUCAGGUUGAGCACAGGAAGAACUCGUGGGUCUCCUCGACGAGCAAGUCGGUGCCGCACGCGGAGGACAGAGGAAAGAAGCACAAGGGCUCGAGGAGGAAGAAGUCAACGUUCGGUCACGGCCAUGACGUGGCCGGGGAUCAUUCAGGGCAUGGAAAGGAGGUGGGGGGUUCUAAACUAGCGUUUACAAACACCGAGAGGAAAGCGUUGAAAGAAAUAUCAUCCCUGAGCAAAUUUUGCUAUUUCAAAGUCAAUGAUCCGAGACUUGAACUGAAAGAUCCAGAAGAGAGGUUCAAGGACAUGCUUGUUGGUGAGUCGACAGGAUGGGAAGACAGGUUGGAGGAGAGCAUAAAGCAUCUGCGGCAAAAGAUCAAGGAUGAAAAGCAUUCUCUAUCUGUCCUGACCGAUGCCCAGGUCAACUCAGAAAUCUCGUCAGAGGAUGCAAAUGUGAGCUCAUGUGCGGAAGGAGAUGAAGCCAUUGCAGCUUGCAAGGCUAGGAUAGCCGAAGGUGACUUCCAGGCUGCCCAGAAGGCUCUGCAGAGGGCCAAGCGCGAGUACAUCAGGGUCGGGAUAGACAAGAGGAAGAUGAUUGAGGCGAUAGCGUACGAGAUCGAGAGAAGGAGAGAAUCAGAGUCGAAGCUCAAGUUCUUCGAAGUUGAGUUCCAAGAGCUUCUCGGUCAGUCGAGGGAUCUGUUCGCCGCUAAGGACCUCCACUCGAGUCAGAUCAAGUUACAGCAGGCCCGCCGGGUCCACGAGAACAUCUCCUACCUGUCCUCGGAGACGGCCAUGGGCAUGGCAGGGAAGCUUGAGAACAUGCAGCGACAAAUUGACGAGGAGACUACGAGGAGGCAGAGGCUGAUGGAGGACUUCACUGUCCUGCUGCGGGAGGUUGACGAGUCGAUCGAGAGGUUCGCGAUGGAGAAGGCGAGGAGGAGCCUGGAGGCAGCAAGCGACCUCUCCUCCUCCUCCUCCUUCAUCCGGGAGGAGGAGAGGCUGGCGCGAUACAGGGAGAGGAUUCAGGAGGUAGAGAACUUCCGUCAGGAGGUGCUGGAGCGAGCAAUGUGGGCGGAGAAGAACGCGAUCUCCUCCUGCGACAACGGAGACUUCUCAUCAGCUCGCAGGUUCGUGUCGGAUGCGGCUCAGAGCUACGGGAGCAUCUGCAUGGAGGAGAGCGCGGCGAUCCCUGAGAUCCUGUUGAGUAUCGAGGAGGGGGAGCAGGCGAAGUUGACAGCGGAGUUGUUGGCAAGAGCUGAAAGCCUCGCCGAACAAGCUGGGGUCCUCCUGGACGAUCGUGAGUGGGAGGAAGCAGCUCGUGUGUCGCAGUCUGCAGCUGCUGUAUACGCGGACCUGUCCCUGCCCGUCCCUCCUGGCCUUUCCGAGCUGAUGGAGAAGAUCGUCGAGGGGAGGCGAGCGGAGCAGGAGAAGCGGCAGGCAGAGAUCAUGAGGAAGAAGUAUCUCGACGAGAUCAACAGCCUGUACAGUGAGAUGGAGGAGAAGUUCGAAGACAGCAGGCUGGAGGAGCUGAGAGAGAUGUUCCCGACGGCAUACGAGAGGAUCAGGAGCGAGGAUGACGACAUCUUGUCGAGGUUCCAAGGCCUGGAGCGGAGGAUGCAACAGAAGCUUCUGCAAGUGGAGGCUGAGGAGGCAGUGAGGGAGCUGGUGAUGCAGGCAGAGGAGAGGAUGAAGAGCUUCGAGCUGGAGGAAGCUGAGAAAAGCUUCAAGGAGGCGGAGGGUCUGUGCGCUCAGCACGGCAUCCCGAUGGGACAUGAGCUCAGGUCGCUCAAGUCACGGAUCCACGAGCUCGUCGACCUCCUGCAGAGGGCCGGAGCUGAGAAACUCAAGAUAAGGUCUUGUCUCGAGAGCGGAGACCUGCUGGACGCCCGCUCGGCUCUGAUCGAAGCGAGGAAAUGCUCACAGCUUGCUGGGCUGCAGGUGGACGAGGAGCUGAAGGGGCUGGAGGAAGAGGUCGUGACUGCAGAGCGAUAUCAGAAAGUUGGGAAGUCAAAGCUGAAGGAGGCGGAGAUGAACGUGGAGGCCGGACUGCUUGAGGAGGCAGAGGAGUCGCUGAAGGAGGCGAAAAACGCCUUUGAGCAGGCAAGGCAGGACAAGAGAGAAAUGCUGAGAGAGCUCCAAGACAAGAUUGAGCUCGGAAAGACAGACCGAAAGAACAAACAAAAAGCAGCAGAUGAGGAGGCAGCGAGGAAGGCAGCCGAGGAGGAGGAGGCAGCGAGGAAGGCGGCCGACGAUGUUGGAGGCUGCCGCAGCAGACGGAGAAGAUACAGCGAGGAAGGCAGCCGAGGAGGAGGAGGCAGCG